AUGGAACAGGCUCAUGGUGGUUACAGCGGUGGCAUGCGACGCUCACAGUCGCUAGUGCAGGGUCUGUUUGGGUGGAUAUCUCCAUUCCAUCAUACAGGUCCUGAGCCCCCUGCUUCCUCAUCGAUGGACGAGGAUGGUAAUGAUGAUGCAAACGAGACUUUUACCGAGGCUAGCGAGACGCCACUUGCACUGGAUCCUCCAGCGUCCCCAUCGCCAGAUACGUCCCUUCGCACCAACCCUUCGCCGUACGCACGCAAGCCAUGGGCUGCGAACAAAACUCGCUCGCCUGUGGCACCUGUGGCAUUCCAUCCUGGCUCAUUCGAAACGCCAACGAAGCGUGCGACGAACGUCCCAUUCUCAACGUCUCCCUUUGCCAUCAGUACAACGAGCUCGCCAGGCCGUAGGCACGCACCGAUCUAUUUCGGUCCUGGCACUUCCACACGCAGGGCGUACUCGCCUGCUCGGUCAGGCAUGAAGUCGACGUACUCCAUGAGUGCGAUUUCUCAACAUCGGGCACCCAUACUUGCCCGGGAUACUACUUUGACAACGUCUGAUAAGCGCAGAAAGACACACGCAGCCUCGGACGAUGCCAGUGUGUCGUUUGCAUCACCUGUCAAGACUCCCUCUUCACAGCCGCUGGAUACGCUAAGACGAACAGUCGAUCGUGAGGCCAGUGCGCCAGAAUUUUCGGACAUGCAAGAGGUGUCUGAAGUGCCAGAAGUUCCGGUUCGACGCUCGACGCGAGCCGCCUCGACAAUGCGGCAGGUUUUGGAUUCUAUGCAGCCGGUCGCAACAUCGCCGCCAAAGCCGCCCGUCCCAGAUGUCGUCAAUCCUUACCAAACACGGUCAUCCAAGUCCCCCCAGCCAUCGAGCCGAUCGACUCGUGCGAGAGCCCUUGAGGCUGCGCGAAAUCGUGCAUCUAUGACGACAUCACCAAAGUCGGAUAGCAAACCAUUGUCAUUGUUAGACGUGGUCGAGCGCACGGAGCCGCGCCGCUCCGCACGCCUUUCUGUGCCUGAACUAGGUGGCGGCAGUUCCACAGAGAUCAAGGAUUCAGCUGCUCUUUGGCAUGUGACAAACAAGCCCAAGCGGCCGUCGCCUUUGGCUAUGAGUACGCCCACAUCACAAUCAGUCGACAACGACGUUCCAGCGUCAGACUCAUUAUACGACACGAUACCACCCUCUAUGUCGGAUGCUUCUCUGGUGCCGGAAAUUGCCAUGCAUACAAGGACCUCGUUGAUCCCGAAGUCCGCGUCGUCUAUCUCGCUUUCAUCAAAAGGCGCUGACGAUACGCGCACGCAGGAGGCUGCUAAAGGGUCAGCUGCCGACUCAGCCGCCACAACAAAGCCCUUGCCAAACACAGCAUCCUCUGAAACGCAACUCAAGCCCUUGCCCUCAUCCUUGUCCCACGACAGUCCGAUAUCUACUAUUUCUUCGUCUACUAAUGAUAUCCCAGCGUGGUGUAUUGUGACACCGCCAUCAAAGCGAGAGCUCCCUGCUGGUGCUUCGUCUGAACAGAGCGAGGCACUGCGCAUUCCCCACGAUCACCUUCCUGUAUUUCCAUUCAACAUUCCUCCUGCUCAUUGUGCUUCCACUUUAGAAGCGCCAGCGUCCAGAGAGACCGCAUCGUCAGAUACGAAGGAUUCCCGAAGCAGGCCGCACGUCCAACUUUCUACAUCUCAGGAAGCACAUGCGUCAUCAUUCCAACCAACUGCAUAUCAAGAGUCGAAACCACCGGCCCCUGUAUUCUCGUUUGGUGCUAGCAGCACGGGGCCACCUGAAUUUCCACUCGGGUCAACUACACCUGUAUUCAAGUCCCCCUCUGAACCUGUAUCAGUGUCAGCCCAACCUGCUGCCGCCGAACCGUCAACGUCAGCACCAGCACCAUCGGAGCCCUCGUCGUCUGAACAAGCAAGUGAUCUCCCAGGCACCAACGUCUUGACAUCGAAAGGAGAAGGUGAAGAAGAUGAAGAUACCGCACACGAAGUGCGUGCGAAGAUUUGGCGCCUCGAUACUGGUAAGUGGCAGGAUAUGGGAAUCAGCAUCAUGCGAGUCAAGACAUCACGGACAACACAAAAGUCUCGUGUUCUUGCACGAAACGCCGUGAACGGCAAUGUCGUGUUGAAUUUUUCAUUGUAUGAGGGUCUCAAAGUUACACGCGAAAAAAAUGUCCUAAUGUUCCUCGGCUUUAUCGAGGCCAAACCAUGCAACUUACGCUGUAAAGUCAAGACGGAAGAGGCAGCGGAAACCCUCAAGAAAGCCCUUGUAUCCCACGCUACGUCGGAUAACUAG